AUGAAUGAGCUUGUUAAGAGAAGUCUUCAUAGAACUAUUCUUCUAUACGUCUAUGCUUUUAUUGGAGGAUGUAUGUUCUAUGUCAUUGAGUACAAGCCUGAAAGGAGCAGGAUUGCUUAUACAAGACUUAGGCACGAGCUCCAACGUAACUUUACAAAACGAUUUAAUAUAUCCGUGAACGAGAGUGAUUUCGAACGGUUUAUGCAGACAGCUUUCGAGAUUGUAAGAAAUGGCAACAAAGCAGAUUGGGGAAUUUUAACCGGUACUUCAUUUGCGAUGACGUCAUUAACCACAAUUGGUAAGUGACGUAAUAAAGAAUUUCAAUAAGUUGUGUUUGUGGUAGUAGAAGUUGCUGUGGUUGAAGUAAUAAUAGUGGAAGAGCAACUGGCUGCGUAAAUUAUGCAUAGCAGUAGCCAUAUGCAUAUCAACUACUGGUCCAAGGAAGGACGCAUAGGCCACCUAUGAGUGUUAGUUCUACACGCCAGAAAAAAAAGAUAAAGCGAGAACAAGGAGUCCAAUGGGCUCCUGGCGAGAACUAACUCCAACGUGAUAUCUAUUUGUUUGUGAAUAGAAUUGCAACCAGAUGCCAAAAAAUCUAGGCGCAAAAUAACAAUAUGCAACAAACUUGUGUUUUACAAUAAAACGCUUUUAAUUUACCGGCUUUAACUCUUAUGGGUUCAGCACGCGAUUUUUACAUUUGUUACUCAACUCUUAAGCACUCGCGUGUGCCUAAUGUAUUCAAAUUUUCAAAGUGUAAUUGACAAAGCCUCCGCAAAGAUAGACGAGCAAAUACUCGACAUAUUAGAGGGAGAUUUUUUUAGCUUUUAUUCAUUUUUUAAAAAAUUUAUUUUGUCCUAUUAUACCAUAGCAGCAAGGCUGCUGUGGUACAAUAGGAAACUGUAGAAAACGGAUUGCACAAGUUCUAUAAGGUCGAAGUGGACGUCAUUAUUUCCAAUCACAUCCACUUUUUCUUUGUCUUUACAUCCAGGUUAUGGACACAUAACACCUGAAACACAACUUGGACAAUUUUUCACCGUCAUUUAUUGCAUUGUGGGACUGCCAUUAUCAACGCUGGCUUUGAAGUCAAUCGGAGAACUAAUCGCAAAGAUGGUAUAUAAGAUCGUUUAUCGUGUGGAGACAAAAUUACUUUUUAGGAUAAGACCUCGGAAGGUUAAGAUAAAAACCUUUUUCAUAACUUUCACACUGAUGAUUUUGACGUUAUGUAUUGGUGCUCUAGCAGGGAAAUACCUGGAAGGUUGGACUUUCAUAGAAGGCUUCUACGCAUGGUUUGCUUCACUCUCCACCAUCGGAUACGGCGACUACGUUCCUGGUUGGAAAAUAUUGAAAAAUGCCGAAGACUCUGCAGCAGACAUUUGGAUAUUGAUAACAGCACUAUCCCUCCCCGGUAUGGCGACACUUUGUGUAGUCUCAGGUGUGGUUAAUUCACUUGUUGAAGCUUAUAAUGAAUUCAAAAUACAAUGUAACGUUUGUUCUCGAUGUCCUGCAUGCAGAAGGAGAAAGUCUGAGAAAUCUAAAGGAAAACGCAAGAAGAAAAAGUCUGCAGGUGGUGCAACACAAGAAAAACACAGAAAAGUCGAGUCCCUAUACGCUUGUAGCGAAAGGGAAAGAUCGACUACUGUUUAG